AUGGAAGUUGUGGAUAACACUCCUCCACCCAAGCAUAUCAAACAAGAGGCAGAAGGUGACGUGAUUGCUGGAGAGGCCUUGAGGGCAAAAUACAAGAACAGCGACCUUCCUCCUGGCUGCUUGGACCAAAAUUUAUGGUGCGGGGUGUUUAUCCCCACAGUGGCACAUGCAGCUGGUGGCAAGAAUGUCCACCCUUGGUUGAUUGAGGAUGAUGUACUCAUCCCAAUUCUUACUAAGGCAUGGAACAUCGUUUAUGCAGACAAUCCAUCCCUGAUGAAAUACCAAAUUGUACCUGGUGGUGCUGUCUAUCAUGUGGUUAAACAAUGCCUCAGUGAAUGGCACGGAGGGUUUGGAUCUGCCGCUGUCAUGAUCAUUAUGAGUCUCAUGGCUUCUGACACUACAUAUGAAACUGACCAAGAGCAUACCGAGUUUGCCAAGUUCUGGCUCGAAGACAACUGCUUCCUUUUCUCAGAUGUUAGCUCUGAUGACCCAGAGGCAUGGUCAGGGAUGUGGCAGUCUACAUUUAUGUUGCAGACUUUCGCUGCACACCUAAACUAUACUCAAGGCCAGAUGGAAAUUCCAGCACUCAACAGCAAAGAUGAAAUCAUGUGGGCAUCACUUGCUUUGUCAGCAGGGGCAGUAAAACGCACUCUGUACCUCCUUUCUGUAGGAUUGAUGAGUUUUACCAUCACAGUGGCUACUGGGAAGGGAAAGAAGAAAGCUGCUAAUACUACACACAAGGGUAAGGCAUCUGCUUCUAAUGGAAACAUCUGGGAGGCUGUGAUUGGGGAGAAUGAGAGCUUCUCUGAGCCACUCUGGGGUUACAAUACAUGA